UCUCAUAUAGUACCUCUCCCCCGACUAAAAAUGAUCUCUACCAACUCCCAUGGCGGAACCAACUAUGCGCGCCGUUGGCGUGUCUGCCUUUGCUGGGCCUGCGAAAUAUGAACACCUCAUCCUCCCUAUCCCUACCAUCACAGGCGAUGAAGACAUACUCGUGCGUGUGAAGGCGACUUCUCUCGCGGGUCCUGACGUUGCCCGCGCGGCGGGGACCUUGCGCAUCGUCCAGACCAUCAAACUUCCUGUAAUUAUCGGCUCUGACUUCGCUGGAACUAUCGCUGCAGUUGGGUCGGCCGUCACAGCUUUCCGCCCCGGGGACCGCGUAUUUGGAUUCACCGUCAACGGCGGCGGCGCAGCAGAGUAUCUCCUGCUGAAACCACACCGCAUGCUCUGUCUGGCCAAACUCCCGGAUAAUAUAUCAUUUGAAGAUGCGUCUUAUUUCCCUUCGACGUCCCUCACGAUAAUCCAGGCCCUUGACGCCGCUGAGGCCGCAAUCCCAGGCGGCCUCAAAGGCAAGACAGUCUUCAUCCCUGCAGGUCUGAGCGCAACUGGCUCGCUCGCCUUACAACUCCUCAAGCCCGUGUACGACGUGAAGAAGGUCAUCACAACCGUUUCCACCGCCAAGGUUUCCCGCAUCAUUGAGCUAUUCGGUGAAGGGAAAGUAGACCAGACCAUUGACUACACCACCCAAAAUGUCGUCGAGGCGAUUGGGCCGCAAACCGUGGACUUCAUGCUGGACACCUGCUAUUCGUCCAUGAAAUAUAUCCAAAUCAUGAAACCGGGAACAGGCAUCCUAUACACGCUCACCGGCAAGAAGGGAGCGGACCUCAGAGAGGACUUCCCUACCGCGCCCUGGCUGGUGGCGAAAAUCUUGGAUGUUGCCAAUGCGGUCCAAACUUGGAGAGUGUCGCGAUGGGGGGUUGCCUAUAAACCAGUAUUUACCAAGAUGAGUGUUUAUGAUCUGCAGAGGGUUGGCGAAUGGGCACAGAGCGGAACGGUGAAGGCGAUUGUUGGUGAUACUGCGGACCUGGCGGAUCUGGAGCGGGUGAAGGCUUUGGCCACGGUAGUAGAGAAAAAGAACGGAUUGGGAAAGUACAUAAUCACUAUUGAGUAGGCUUACUCGAUCUAUGCAGAGAGCGGAUUGGAAAGUACAUAAUCACUAUUGAAUAAACCUGUUCGAUCUAUAUAUAGAGAACGGAUGGGAAAGCACAUAAUCACUAUUGAGUAAACCUGCUCGAUCUAUGUAGAGAAAGGAUGGGAAAGUACAUAAUCGCUAUUGAGUAAACCUGAUCGGUCAAUGUAGAGAACAGAUGGGAAAGUACAUAUCGCCAUUAAGUAGCUAUGUAAACA